AUUAGAGUGAUUUUUACGACAAAAGUGAAAAAAACUACAACUAUGGCUAGAAUUCUGUUAGUUCUUUCACUGACUGCAAUAUAUAUUGGAUGGGUUCUUACAGUACAAAGCUGUUAUGAAUGUUUUGGCGACGAAAUCUCUGGUAAAGAACCAUGCGAAGUUGAGAAUACCAAUAAAUCAACUUGCAUAGACGGAAAUGUGGCUAAAGCAUGCUACACUGUAGCUUACGAAUCUGAGGGCAACAUGACCUAUUUACGUAGUUGUUCAGAUUUAGAUAAGAAUAUGAUUUGCGAGUACUAUAAAAAUAUCUCGAGCUAUACAGUGAAGCAGUGUAAUGCUUGCGAUCAGGACAAUUGUAAUGAUGAUAAAUUUGAAAUGUAGGUAAAUUUUUACGAUCACAUAAAAAUAUUUUGAAUUCAGAGUUUGAUUUUUAUUAUUUGUUUAUUUUAUAUCAUACAGGUCACCAGUUAGGUACUGAUUCGGCAAUGCAUUACAAUUAUUAAAAACCAUUGUAAUCUCUAUCAGCCUAAUGCAACAUCCACUUCUAACAUUAAAAAGCUAUCAGUUUUAAAAAGGACCUUGCACUAAUCUUAUGGAAAUUGGGUCGCGGCUAAAUUUUCUGCCACGUUGGCAAUAAGAAUCCAGUUUGUUACGGACUUGCGCCAUAUUCGUAUUCAGGGACGAGUUCAGAAUUAAUCGUUCCUUUUUUCUUUGUAACGUGUAA